GCGCACUUGGUGCUGGCCGCCGGCUCGGGGAACGUACCAACCGCGGGACGGGGGUGGGCGCGGCGCCGCGGGCUGUUGCUCCCGGAGGUGUAGCCCUUUGCGACCCGGGACCCCCCCCCCCCGGCUCUGCGGGGGCCUUUGGCGCCUUCGGGUACGACUCGCGGCGGCGCGGAGGUGGGUGCGGGCGGCGGCCCCUUGCUACCCGCCGCGGGGGCGCGGUCGGCCACAGCAGGAGCCGCGUCCAGCUCCGCCAGCCCAGCCAGCCCGACCCCUGGCCGUAGAUUCACGUAGAUUCAAGGUUGGCGCUGCACAGUGUCCACCUCGCUGUCAUCCUGACAUGGUUCAGUGGAAAAGAGAGGGGUAGCAUUACCGUGGGUCCCAGGGAUUGCACACGAUCCUGGACCUAUCCCCAGGGGGCUGUCAGGAGAUAAGGAUCCGGAAGCAGUAGCCUAAGUGAGAGCAGGCCGGCCACGGGCCCACCUAGUUCUGUGUUCUUGGGAGCAAUGAAGCCUACCGACUGCUUCUGGAGGCCCGGCGCCGGCUCUGGACCUCCACUCUGCCACUGACCAUCACAUUGCCGCUCUGGGUUUACGUUUCCUCAAUCAAAACAAGAGCGGAGCCUGGGCCUGUCUUCUCAUUGCCCUAAGCUCCCAAGCAUGUUGGAAGUAGAAACGGUCAGAAAGCCCCCCAAGAAACAUACCCCCUCGAGGUCAGUGGGGCAAGAGCCCCCUCUGUGUGCUGACUCUGCCGAGACCAGAUCCAAGAGCCCAGCCACCACUCUGGCUUCUUCCAGCUCCAAGUUCAACACCAGAGCCACCAACACCUCUUGUGGACUUGGCUGGGAUGCUGGGGGGCACCUGCCAGAGAACGAAGUCAAGCUUGAGUUUGCAGACAUAGAGGAGAAGGCCGGUGGCUCCAGGAAGAUCAGAGCCUCCAACUCCCAGAAGAAGAGUGAGAGGGAGCUGCCCCUGCAGAGGAAGAGACCUCGACCCCUCCCCAGAGCCUUGUCUGUCCCUUCGCCUGACCAGGCUUUCCUGGAGGAGCAGGAGGAAGGUCCCCUGGGCCCGCAUGUCUGCAGCAAGAAGAGAAGGGCCUACUCCCUGGAGAGGCCUGGUCUUCACCCAGCUGUCUCUGGGGCAAAUUGCCACGCCAGCCCUGGGCAGGAUAAGAAUAAGCCAAAGGGAGACCCUGGACCCUGUGGUCUCAAAUCUGUGCUGGGGCAGGAGCCCCCGGUGCAGCCUAGGAAGAAGGUGUCCAAGCAGAAGGCAUGUGGACGGAGAAAGGAGGGGGAGCCGGCAGCAAGGACAUUGAGGGACCCAGUGCUCAGCUCUGGACAGGCCCCUUCCAGCCUGGUACUGGUUCAGACCAGCAGCCUGGACAGGCGAGAGGUGGGCCAGCCUGGUGAGAAUGAGGUGAGGCAGACCGAUGUCCUCAUAGCCCGCCUGGCCAGAGAGGUGCGUCACCUCAAGAAGUGGAAGAAGAGGCAUUUGCUCCCUGGCGUUGGGGAGCAGCCGCCCCUGCUGAGCCUCCAGAGGCCACUCUGCCCCAAGAAGCUGGUCAGCACCGCAGGGGUGGAGGCCAAGGGCUGGGCCCCCGGGCCGCCCCCGGGCCCCCUGGACACCACGGGCCAGAAGCCCACGCCCGACCUGAGACGAUUCUUCACCACCGUCAACUACAGGAACAUCUGCCGAGUCACCUGCACUCUGUGCCACGCGAGCAUCAAACAGGGCAAGGUGAAGGGGCAGUCCCAGCCCUCAGGUCUGGUCCGCCACUUGGCAAGGACCUGCUGGCCUGUGAGUGGGGGUGUUGGAAACAGGUCUCCUUCAGGGAGAGCAGCCAGCUGACCUCCAGUGGCACCUACAUCCCAGUGACGGACCUGCCAGGGCCACCUAGGCCCACUUUGUCCCAUGGA